AUGUCCCGAUUCUUCAGACAAGCAGGCGAUUCAGACUCGGAGUCCUCAGAGUCCGAGGAUGAGCUCAUGUCCAGUGAAGAGGAGGAGGCGCCGGCCAAACCCACAACCACCGCAAAGCCCGCCAUGUCUCGCUUCCUCCGCACAGCAGGCUCAGAUUCAAGCAGCUCCGACUCAGAAACCACCGAUGACAUAGAUGAUGGCGACAAAUCUGAUGAAUCCGAUAGCGAGGACGACGAGGAAGAAAAGCCAGUCCGUAUCCUCAGCGCCGUCGAUAAGAGGUUGAAAGAGAUGGAGGUCACUGGGGUUGCAAUGGAGAACGCUUUGAAAAUUAAUGACUGGGUGGUGAUCUCAAAUGAAUUUGACAAACUGGUUCGAAUGAUUCAAAGACAGCUCAAUCUAUCCGAGCCAGUGCCCUCCCUGUACAUACGCACUUUGGUCAAUUUCGAGGCCUCCGUUAACUCCUCCAUUCAAAAAGAAAAAGAGGCCAAGCGCAAAAUGAAUGCCUCCAAUGGCAAGGCUUUAACAGCCAUGAAACACAAAAUCAAGAAGGCUAUCAAGGAGAACGAGGCUGAUGUCAAGAAAUAUCAAGACGAUCCUGAGGCAUUCGAGCGAGAGUAUCUUAACCUUGUUGCACGUGACACUCCCCCAGCUGCUGCGACCCCAGCGGUGCGACCUUCCGGUGGCGCCGCAGACCAGGCUGACGAAUUUACGACUGUCGGAAAAGGCGGCAAGGUCAUGCAGUUUACCUCGGAGGGUAUAUUCAAGCAUCUUCAAGCAGUCCAAGAAGCUCGUGGCAAGAAGAACACAGACCGCGCGGAACAGAUCCGCAUUCUUGAAGCCCUUGUCGAAGUCGCUGUGACCUCAUACCAGCGCAUUCGCGUCCUCCUAGCGUUGAUAUCUUCCCGGUUUGACUAUAACUCUUCAGUCUCAAAUUACAUGCCGAUAGAGCUCUGGUUGUCCGCUCAGCGCGAAGUGGAUUUGCUCGUCUCCAUCGUCGCUGCGGAUACCAAUUACUCUAUCCAAGAACUGACAGACGACUAUGAUGAACUCGUUGAGCGAUCUCCGGCCACUGAAAAAGGCGUUGUUCGCAUUCGCGGCUCUAUCAUUAGCUUUAUCGACCGCCUGGAUGAUGAAUUUACACGAAGUCUCCAAAAUAUAGAUCCCCAUGGCACCGAAUACGUGGAUAGGUUGAAAGAUGAAAAGGUUCUCUACUGCACUAUCUGUCGCGCCCAGGCGUUCUACGAGAAGACCUCCCAGAGUGACCCGCUUGCCCGGGUUAUCAUGAGACGCCUCGAACACAUCUAUUCCAAGCCAGACGCCGUUGUUCAAGCAUUGGAAGCUGCUGCAGAUAUGUCAGAAGUGAUGCCCUCCAUGACUCUAGCUCAGCUGUCAACAACAUCCGCGCUGGUCCAUUCUCUUUGCGUCUAUCUCUACAAGUCCGGCAACUCGCUCCUCAGAACGCGCGCAAUGCUGAGCCAUAUCUACCACCAUGCUUUGCACAAUGACUUCUAUACUGCUCGGGACAUGCUCCUCAUGUCACAUCUCCAAGAAUCGAUCCACUCUGCCGAUGUGGCGACUCAGAUUUUGUACAAUCGCACUGUUGUCCAACUUGGUCUCUGCGCCUUCCGGUCCGGUCUCAUCAAGGAAGCCCAAGCAACAUUGCAAGAAAUUUUCACAACCCAGCGGGUGAAGGAGUUGCUUGCUCAAGGCGUUCACCAGCAGCGGUUCCAGGUCAUGACUCCGGAGCAGGAGAAAGCGGAAAAGCAACGUCAACUGCCCUUCCAUAUGCAUAUCAAUACGGAACUGCUGGAGGCUGCCUUCUUGGUAUCAAGCAUGCUAGUUGAGAUUCCUUUACUUGCGAGCAUCGAAUCAGAAGAGCAGAAACGCAAAGUCAUCUCCAAGCCGUUCCGACGCCUCCUUGACUUUGCUGAUCGGCAAGUGUUCACGGGCCCUCCUGAGAGCACACGCGACCAUAUAAUGCAGGCAAGCAAGGCACUACAAGACGGAGAAUGGGAAAAAUGUCGCGACUUGAUUCAAAGCAUAAAAAUCUGGAGUUUGAUGCCUGAGGCCUCGGCUGUCAAAGAGAUGUUGGCGAAGCGUAUUCAAGAGCAAGGUCUACGCACUUACCUCUUCACUUAUGCCCCACACUAUAGCACACUUUCUUUGUCGUUGCUCUCCAGGACAUUCUCCCUUCCCCUCCGAACAGUAACGUCAAUAAUCUCAAAGAUGAUCUGGAACGAAGAAUUAUCAGCUUCUUUGGAUCAAUCUGCUGGAGUCGUCGUUUUCCAGCGAAUCGAACUUUCCCGUGCUCAACAACUUGCGCAGGUCAUCUCCGAAAAAGUGGCGACCAUGGUUGAUCAGAACGAGAAAGCACUGGAUAUCAAAAUAGGUGGAAACAGCGGAUGGGGGGAUAGAAAUGACGGAGCCAAGAGCGAGAAGCGAGGAGAGCAGACGCAAGAGCGUCGGGGACGUGGCGAACGUUCGAGGGGCACGCGAGGCGGAGCAAGGGGCCGGGGGUCUCGAUUCUCUCAAGGACUUGGAAACCAAAUGCCAGGUCAUACGGGCCAACGUUCGGGGCAAUAA